GAAGCCGAAGCUGCCGAGCUGGGCGAGCCGAGCCCCAAGAGGCAUCCGCGAUAUCACGGCGGGUUGGCACUCCCAAGCUGGAAUGUUCAGACCUUCUCUUCAAACAUACGAUUCUGGGGAACAACUUGGUCCGGGUCACACAAUGAGCGACCCAUACAUCCGCCCGAACGGCCGGCCGCAGGCGUGCGAGCCAUGUCGAAAGCGCAAGGUAUCGUGUGACCAUACGCACCCUGUCUGCAGGAGGUGCGUCAAGCGCAAGCAGCAAUCCGAAUGUGUUUAUGUGCCUCAGGAUACGGUUCGCCGCACUCCCAAGCCGAGGGCACCGGCUCCUGGGGUCCUGGCUUUGGCAAGUGGCGGCACGCCGAUAUCACCACCACGCUCAACCGAGGCCAGCACUACACCGCAGCUGCCAGAGGUCCAGAGUGAGCCCACGCCCGUGGCGACAGCGACUGGCUAUGUAGGCUCCACAAACUAUUGUCACUUCUUCAAGGAGGCCGAGCAGCUUCUCCAAGCCGCUCAGGCCUCGGGCUCACAAUAUGCAGAAUCGUCUUGCGGCUGCUACUCGGCUGCAUCUGGAGUCCCGUACGAGGCUGUUCGCGACCAAUGCCGGGCAAUCUUGGAUCUCAUACCCGACCUGAGUGCCGGAAUGGAUACUUUCCGCCUCCACGAGUGUACGGCAUCCGGCGUGCCCCCGGCCGUAUCCCAUCGUAUCGUGCAGUCAGUAUGCGACAUGCUUGGGCCAUUCCUCGGUGCGGAGCGCGACCCUCAACAGCUUCAGGCCAUUGCUAGGCAGCUGUUCCACAAUUCCAGCAAGCCUUUGAAUGAUUCAGAAGCAGAUGCCGAACGGUGGAUCAGUCAAUUCGUCGGCGACAACCUCAGAUGGGAAUCCAUAGGCGUUGUCUUCACGCUUCGGCACCGAACACAACCGUCGGCAUCGCGUGCCAUUGUCAACCCUGGCAUUGUUUUCAAAGACUGGCCACACGUGGCUAGAAAAGGCCUCGAACUGACUUUGGAGCUAUGCACGGAGCUUUCUAAAGGAUCGUUCAUGUGUCUGUACUUUGCGCAGAAGCUGACUGUCGCCGAGAGCAUGUUCAGUGGUGAUGCCAGUCUACGUACCUGGAGAAGGCACGGCGCGACGGUCGCAAUGUUGACAUUCCUGGGGUACCACGCAUUGCCCGACGAGCAACCAUAUCAGCCGACCCUCACCUCCGAGCUGAAGCGCAGGCUCUACGGAUGGAUCCUGACCAUGGACUGUGGCAUGUCCUACUUUACUGGUAGGCCGCCGUUGAUGUCGGGCCAAUACGCCACCACUCCGCUGCCGCUUGACAUUCAUGACGACGAGCUGCUCGAUCCGGCGGCGCUCAAAGUCGCGGUGAGCGAGCUCGACAACGGCUGGAAACGAGACGCCACAAGCACCAAUUCGGGCACAUUCACUCGCGCGCGGGCUAUGAUUGGUGCUGUGCGGGAGUCCAUUUCCGCUCUCGCGAUCGGCCAGAGUCAGCCGUCGUCGCUCGACAUGCUUCUUGAGAUGAAAGCCCGCACGAUCCAGACCUACGAGUCCUUUCCCCAGAUCAUAAAAUACGACCCAAAGACUGUCAGCAAUGAGGCAAUCGGCACGAGAACGCACUGGACAAAAAUGCUCAUCGGCCUUGAAUAUCUUCAGACCCUGCUCUUCAUCGAGAGACUGUUGCUUCGCCAUGGGAUAAAGAAGGAUAGGGCGGAGCUUGUCGCCAUUAGCUUCGAGCUGGUGGUAGCAAGCCUGCCGGUCUGGACACACAGCGACUGCUUUGGUGCAGUGGACAAUGAUGCCGAGUGGCUUGUCAUGGCCUUUGCUGCGCCCGCGGGUGGUGUCCUCUGCCACGAGCUGCUGAAGCCCAGCAUCGACCUGAACACGGCAUUUGGGGGCGCGGCCGGCGCAGCCAUGGCGCCGUACAGGCUGGACGGAUCACCCAUCACUCGCGCCAACAUUAUCCAGAAGCUCAGCCUCCUCGUCGGCUUCCUGGGUUGGAUCCGUCCGUCGGCGCCCAAUGCCGGGAUCUGCUGCGAGGCGAGGGUGGUGAUCCAGGGAGUGCUGGACCAGGCACUCAACAACCCGGUGCCCAGCAGCGGCGGGCCGCCGCUGCCGUUGACGCUAGCGCCCGAGUUUUCUGACUGGGACUUUAAUACUGUGUUGGACUUUGACUGUAACUUGCUGAACACGUUUGACUGGUUGCGGACAUGAGUAGUGCCCUUGGCGAAAGCCGUGUCGUAUCUGGGAGCGGAACGCCAGCCGCUCGAGGCAAGAAGCAACUGAUUUUCCGCCUGCCGAGGGACGCUUGCUUUUUUUUUUUGGAUGGGGAGGAGAAUGAUGUGUAGGCACGACUAGCAACGAUACCCAGAAUUGAUACCCGACAAUGUUGCAAGAGUUGAG